UGUCUUUCAGCUGUCCACCCUUGACUUCAGACAACUGAAGCUGGAUGACAUCAGAAGAUCCAACUUCUCUUUUUCCCAGUAAGUUGCUUUAAUCGCCAGCGUGGCGGUGUGGGUGGUGACCUUUUUGGUCAUUUUCCCAAUCCUCUAUUUCAACUACGGCAAAGAAGUCCAUGAAGACAACAACAACAACCACACAAGCAAAAUGGCCUCCAAUGACUCUCACUGUUUCCAGUUCGGCAGCCACCUGAAAAAUCACUCUGGUGUUAAAAAGCUGAACUACAUCAUGAGCUCUGUGAUCGUUAUCGUGACCUGUGUGCAGACGGCACUGCAGUGUCACGUCAUGAGCCUUCUGACCAGGAAGUACGAGCUAGACUGCAUGCUUCACCAGGAAUUCUGGGCUCAGCUGAAGAGCCUGUGUUUUGCUGUGGUGCUGCUGGUAGGAGAAAUGCCUUAUCACAUGUUCAGGAUUUACUACCUGGAACACCUGCAGCAGCUGGAGCACACUAACGAGGUGUUCCUCAGUCUCACGGCCCUCAGAUGUCUCGACAUGUUUACUUUCCUAGGGAGGGGACACUGCCAUAUGUGUGACCUCUUCUCACAUGACCUAAACUAUGAACUCAGAGCCAAAACCUCGCUGUGAUAUUGCUUCCCUUUUAAACAGUACUUUAGCACCAUCUGCUUGUUUAUAUAGCUACACAACAUAGUCUACUGUACUGUAGGUCUUUUGCAGUUGGACUAUACUGGACUAAAAUGUAUUUGCUCUCAUAUUGGAAUUUAAAAUACAGUAAAAGCUGUGCCAAUGACAUUUCUCUCAAUAUGUCAAUUUCAAUCUUUGAAAAAACUUUGUGUAAGGCUACAGAGUAUGUAAAUAUUGU